AAAGGAGCUCUUGCUCGCUUCUAAGGUCCUGCCUCUCUUUCAGCCUCUCGUUCCUACAAAAAUGACCUCUUUUCUCUCUCACACCCAUUUCUGUCAUCACCCCAAGCUUCUGUUUGACACACUCUCUGCUUUCAAAUGGCUUCUUCUUUCUCUGUUCGUUUUCUCUCUCCUUCCCUUUCUUCUCGCCCCAAGCCGACAUGGGUGAUCUCUGCAACUCCGGCGACGACGACUCAGGUUGCUUCUCCGCCGGAGGUGGAUACGUCGAGGUUAGAGCCUCGAGUUCAGGAACAAGAUGGGUACUGGGUUUUGAAGGAGAAGUUCAGGCAAGGCAUCAAUCCUCAAGAGAAGGUCAAGCUCGAGAAAGAACCCAUGACGCUUUUUAUGGAAGGUGGAAUAGAAGAGUUAGCUAAGAUGUCUCUUGAGGAGAUUGAGAGCUCUAAGCUUACCAAGGAUGAUAUUGAUGUCAGGCUCAAAUGGCUCGGCCUCUUCCACAGGAGAAAGCAUCAGUAUGGUAGAUUCAUGAUGAGGCUGAAACUUCCGAAUGGGGUGACAACGAGCGCCCAGACAAGGUACUUGGCGAGUGUGAUAAGAAAGUAUGGGAAAGAAGGGUGUGCUGAUGUGACAACAAGGCAGAAUUGGCAGAUACGAGGUGUGGUGCUGCCCGAUGUUCCAGAAAUCCUCAAAGGCCUCGCAGAUGUUGGAUUGACAAGCCUCCAAAGUGGCAUGGACAACGUAAGAAACCCCGUGGGCAACCCUCUUGCAGGCUUUGACCGAGAUGAGAUUGUUGAUACCAGGCCUUACACCAACUUGUUGUCCCAAUUCAUCACUGCUAAUUCAAUUGGCAACCCAACCGUCACAAACUUGCCAAGGAAGUGGAAUGUCUGCGUAGUGGGGUCCCAUGAUCUUUAUGAGCACCCGCACAUUAAUGAUCUGGCUUACAUGCCUGCUGAAAAAGAUGGUCGAUUUGGGUUCAAUUUGUUAGUGGGUGGUUUCUUUAGUCCCAAGCGAUGCGCAGAGGCAAUUCCACUAGAUGCAUGGGUCUCAGCUGAUGAUGUAAUACCUUUGUGCAAAGCUGUUCUUGAGGCCUACAGAGACCUCGGCGCCAGAGGAAACAGACAGAAAACCAGAAUGAUGUGGUUGAUUGAUGAACUGGGGAUAGAAGUAUUCAGGGGAGAAGUGGAGAAGAGAAUGCCAGGAAAGAAUCUGGAAAGAGCAGCUCCGAAAGACUUGGUUCAAAAACAAUGGGAAAGAAGAGAUUAUCUAGGUGUUCAUGCCCAGAAGCAAGAGGGCUUAAGCUAUGUGGGGCUUCACAUACCAGUAGGUAGAGUGCAAGCAGAUGAAAUGGACGAGCUUGCUCGUUUAGCAGAAGAGUAUGGCACUGGUGAACUCAGGUUAACAGUGGAACAAAACAUCAUAAUCCCCAAUGUAGAGAACUCAAAACUUGAAGCCUUGCUCAAAGAGCCGCUUUUGAAAGACAGAUUCUCACCUGAACCAUCUCUUCUGAUGAAAUCACUGGUUGCUUGCACUGGGAAUCAAUUCUGUGGGCAAGCCAUAAUAGAGACAAAAGCAAGGGCCUUGAAGGUGACUGAAGAAGUUGAAAGGCAAGUGGCUGUGACAAGACCAGUGAGAAUGCAUUGGACAGGGUGCCCUAACACUUGUGGGCAGGUUCAGGUGGCGGAUAUAGGGUUCAUGGGAUGCAUGACAAGGGAUGAGAAUGGUAAGGUUUGUGAAGGUGUGGAUGUCUUCUUGGGAGGCAGAAUUGGGAGUGACUCACAUUUAGGAGAAGUGUAUAAGAAGGGUGUCCCCUGUAAGGACUUGGUGCCUCUAGUGGCUGACAUUUUGGUUAAGCAUUUUGGGGCUGUCCCAAGGAAUAGGGAAGAAGGAGAAGAAUGAAUGAAUGGUAUUGUGGUGAUUGUUCAGUUGUUAACCAAUCUCUGUGAAAGAUGGAUCCUUGUGAGGGAAGUUAUAGAGAUGUAGUAUACCAGCAUUAAGUAAAUGCCUUUGUUUGUUUUAGUCUUGUACAAUUGAAAUUCUAUUUACUCUGAAAUAAAGGUUGCAGACCUUGUAUGGUCAAGGUUAACUAAU